GCCACUGGCUCUAAACACUGACACUGGCUUUCAGACUCCUUUGAAAUCUAGAUCACAUUACAGUUUGAUCCUGUAGAAUGCGUGUGCCAGCUUCUCACACAGUUGCACCUGCACCACCUCCUUUGUGCUGAUUACAGUGAAUCGAGUUGACUUGUGUAUAAAUUGCCUGUUGUUCCCCCUCCCCUCGCCUCUGUCCUGAGAUUGUGAGCUCCUGGGGGCAGGGUCUGGAGGGUUUGGAACGUGCCUAGCAUGGUGGCUGCUACUGGUUGGUUCAGAUAUGGCUAUUUAUGAAAUGAUUGAAAGUGUUCUUGGUUCUGUGGUGCUGCGCCCGACAUCUUGAAUUAACCCCAAACUGCCAAGAUGCAGGACAUUUCAUGAGGAUUAUUGACCAGUUUAAUUGAGCUGUUUAAUGGCCCAGCGCCAAUCACCAUGAAAUGUCCUGUUCUGAUGUUUUUGUUCCUAUUGGACCUGAUGCAAAGCCCACUGAAGUCAGUGCAAAGACUCCUAGUGACUUCUGUGAGCUUUGCAUCAAGCAGGAAAAGGAAAUAGGCAUAUGGUGGGUCUAGUUGAGUUAGUCCAGGCCAUCACAAUUGCCUUUUUGGCCAGUAUUAACAAAUGUAAUGUUAAUGUGUAUGUACAGGGCAUUUUGAGAAAAUUAAUAUCCAGUAUGUUAGCUAGUCAAAUCAUUUAUUUAUUUGUUGUUGCUACUGUAGUACAGUGGCAUACAGCAGAAGAGAAGUAUCAACUAUACUUCCUGAUAUUGGGCUAUGUAUUUGUGUCUGGUGACAUAAUGGGCCACGAAACUCGGCUGCUUAGUACUGACCACCAGAACACAGGUAUAAAAUAUUUUCUUUGGGAGGUGUAAUGUCAUUUUUAUUGUACUUUUGAGUAUUCUCUGGCAAUUAGGGGCUUAGAAUAGGAGACCUGGGUUCUGUCCACUCUGGUUUGAUCAACUAUAAAAUGAGGAUAAUACUGUCAACUAUUGUAAAAUGCUUUGAGCUCCUCCACUUAAAGAAGUUAUAUAAGUGCUAAAGUAUACAAUUUAAACUGAUAUAUGAUUGAACAAUAUGUCACUUACUUUACCCAUAUCUUUUUUUCUUUCCUCUUCUACCAAUUUUUCUAUUGGUUCUAAAGAUAAGGUAUCUAUUUUUGAUUCUCUAAACAUAGAAUUAUUUUCCUUAUUUAUCAGGUACUGCUGAAGACAUUUUGAGCCACAUUAUAAGAUUCUUUUUUUAAACAGUAACAGCCAGAGCCUCCGUUGAUAUAAACUGGAAUGCUUUCAGAGACAUCAAUUGGUUUGCUGAUUCAUAUAACACCUUUCAUUAGAGGAUCUCAAAGCACUUUGCAACAGUAAACAAAUAUUAUUGUUGUUGUUGUUAUUAAUGCAAUACUGCUUUACUGAUUGACACCAGCUGAGAAUCUGAGCCUAACUUUUCAAAAAGUUACAGGGAAUCGCAGCCAACGUUCAUUGACGCCCACUGAAUUUGAGUGGCUACAUCCACCCACUUGCUGUGUUCCUCACCCUGUGUAACAAAGAGGCUGAAUGCACGAAAUUGUCUUUAGUAACAAUCCAGUUGCUGUCACUGCAAUGUAAAAUACAAGACUGUAAAGAGCCGUUUAUGUAUUAGGCAAUAUCGUCAGUGCUAAGACACUCAUGCAUUCGCACAACCCAGUUGAGCCUCACGCACCCAGCUGGUUUGAGAGCAGGAGUUGUAGCAGCAUCUCUCAGCCAUUGGGGGCAAUGUGGGGCCUCCUCUGUAGACCGCCAGGUCUGUCUUUGCUCUCUCUAGUCCCCCUGCUGGUGCCACAGCAGCAUAGAGCCCUAGGAGAAGGUCUCUGCUAAUAGAAAAGGCAAAGCAAGAAUAUGAGGAGCCAAAUAGGGGAGCUGAGAAGGGGGCAGGGUCUGGAAAAUGGCAGAAUAGGGAAGGCUGGUGAGGGGAGGGGAAGAGUAGGGGAAACUUUCAACAAUCCCCAGGCUCUGGCUCCCCCUGCCGAGGAAGUCUCCAUCCCAGAUCAAGAGUGUGGCAUGCUGACAGGGCAGUGUGUGUAGGGAAACUCGCCUGGGGCUUCAUCACCAGGUCUGUCAAUCUUGGAUGAAGCCUUUCACAAGAUCUAAAUCCAUACUGUAACUUUUCAGUCCAUAGUCUUUAUGAAAAUAUGCUUAUGGUAUGAAUACGACAUAACUAAAAUAUACUUUGUGCAAGAUGGAUCUUGUAUCACUGGAAAGGUUAUAAUUUACUGAAUGUGAUUAUCCAAUAUAUAUGCCUGUAUCAUUUCUGUAUCUAAAGUUAGAAAUAUGGACUAUGUAACAAUUACAAAUGGGUGUGUAGUGGGAAGACACCCCCCCAGAUGACAGGCCAUCAAAUAUGAUGAGCCAUCAGGAAGGAACAACAAAACCAUGAAGAUACUAAUCUCUUUCCCUCCUGGGAGGCAUCUGGGGACGUAACUCUGACACUACUAGUCAGGUGGUCUUGUCACCUGAUACUAAACAUUACCUGGGACUUCUUGUAACUUUCCACUGGACGGGACGGGGGGGGGGGGGGUCAAGUUUGGGAAACAAAGGAUUCCCGCCUUAUGCAAAUCCUACUUAAGGGUGGGGAGGAAGGCAAACAGGACUCCUCCUCUCCAUGGCCUGUCUGCCCGAGAAGAAAGACUGCUAAAGCCACCUGAAGGGAAGGCAAGGGGGGAGUCCAGACUAAGACAGGGGUCCAGUCUGAAAAGGAAUAUAACUGGAACUCUGAACCACAGAAACUUUGCAACCUGCCUAAAAUAACAUUUAGGGGGGAUUAUGUAUGGAUGGACCUCAAAACCGGUCGGGAAUUCGACGUUCCCAUCGGAGCCGUGGUCAAGCUUUGUGACUCUGGGCAGAUCCAGGUGGUGGACGAUGAAGGCAACGAGCAUUGGAUUUUCCCUCACAAUGCCAGCCACAUCAAACCCAUGCACCCGACCUCUAUCCACGGGGUGGAGGACAUGAUCCGCCUGGGGGACCUGAAUGAAGCUGGGAUUCUGCGGAACCUGCUCAUCCGUUACCGAGAGCACCUUAUCUAUACGUAUACAGGUUCGAUAUUGGUGGCAGUGAACCCCUACCAGCUGUUACCUAUCUACUCCCCAGAGCAGAUACGGCUGUACACCAACAAAAAGAUUGGGGAGAUGCCCCCCCACAUCUUCGCAAUAGCUGACAAUUGCUACUACAACAUGCAACGCAACAACAGGGACCAGUGUUGCAUCAUAAGUGGCGAGUCUGGUGCAGGGAAGACGGAGAGCACUAAACUGAUCCUGCAGUUCCUGGCUGCUAUCAGCGGGCAGCAUUCCUGGAUUGAGCAGCAGGUGCUGGAGGCAAACCCCAUUUUAGAAGCUUUUGGAAACGCGAAGACGAUUCGUAAUGACAACUCCAGCCGAUUCGGUAAAUACAUCGACAUCCAUUUCAACAAGAGGGGAGCCAUCGAAGGGGCAAAGAUUGAGCAGUACCUGCUGGAGAAAUCUCGAGUCUGCAGACAGGCCCAGGAUGAGCGGAAUUACCAUGUAUUUUACUGUAUGCUGAAAGGAAUGACACCAGAACAGAAAAAGAAGCUGGGUCUUGGGAAAGCCACUGAUUAUAACUACCUCGCUAUGGGUAACUGCACUACCUGUGAUGGCAGAGACGACAGUAAGGAGUAUGCAAACAUUCGCUCUGCAAUGAAAGUCCUGAUGUUCACCGACACUGAGAACUGGGAGAUCUCAAAACUCCUGGCAGCCAUAUUGCAUAUGGGGAAUUUGCGGUAUGAAGCACGGAUGUACGAUAACCUGGAUGCCUGCGAGGUUGUUCGCUCUGCGUCGUUAAUCACUGCGGCUUCGUUACUGGAGGUGGACCCUCAGGAUGUGAUGAACUGCCUUACUAGCCGCACAAUAAUCACGAGAGGAGAGACCGUCUCCACCCCGCUCAGCAUGGAGCAGGCGCUGGAUGUGAGGGACGCUUUUGUCAAGGGAAUCUACGGGCGGCUUUUCGUGUGGAUUGUGGAGAAGAUCAAUGCUGCCAUUUACAGGCCUCCCUCCCACGAACUACAGAGUGUCAGGAGGUCCAUUGGUCUUCUCGAUAUCUUCGGCUUUGAGAACUUCACUGUGAACAGUUUCGAGCAGCUCUGCAUCAACUUUGCAAAUGAGAACCUGCAGCAGUUCUUCGUGCGCCAUGUCUUCAAGCUGGAGCAGGAGGAGUACAACCUGGAGAACAUUAACUGGCAGCACAUAGAGUUCACCGACAACCAGGAUGCCUUGGACAUGAUCGCCAUCAAACCCAUGAACAUCAUAUCACUCAUUGACGAGGAGAGUAAGUUCCCCAAGGGUACAGAUACCACAAUGCUGCACAAGCUGAAUUCCCAGCACAAGCUAAACACCAACUACAUCCCGCCGAAGAAUAACCAUGAAACCCAGUUUGGCAUUAACCACUUUGCUGGUGUUGUCUACUAUGAAACCAAAGGGUUUUUGGAGAAAAACAGGGACACGCUUCAUGGAGACAUCAUUCAGCUGGUCCAUUCCUCGAAAAACAAAUUUAUCAAGCAAAUCUUCCAAGCGGAUGUGGCUAUGUUUCUCUGUGGCUAUGCAUCCAGUACUUUUGGCCAGUCACCAGCACCCACUCCAAAGGGAGCAGAGACAAGGAAGCGCUCACCGACACUCAGCAGCCAGUUCAAGCGAUCUCUUGAGCUGUUGAUGAGAACCCUCAGCGGGUGCCAGCCCUUCUUCGUCCGCUGCAUCAAACCUAAUGAAUAUAAGAAGCCCAUGUUGUUUGAUCGGGAGCUGUGUGUUCGCCAGCUGAGGUACUCAGGGAUGAUGGAGACCAUCCGGAUCCGCAGGGCCGGCUAUCCCAUCCGCUACAGCUUCGUGGAGUUUGUGGACAGGUAUCGUGUCCUCAUGCCCGGGGUGAAGCCGGCGUACAAGCAGGGCGACCUGCGUGGAACGUGUCAGCGAAUUGCUGAAGCGGUGCUGGGGAAAGAUGAUGAUUGGCAGAUUGGCAAGACGAAGAUUUUCCUGAAGGAUCACCAUGAUAUGCUGCUGGAGAUUGAGAGGGACAAGGCCAUCACAGACAAGGUCAUCCUCAUCCAGAAGGUGGUUCGUGGGUUUAAAGACAGGUCCAAUUUCCUGAAAGUGCGACAUUCGGCCCUGAUGAUUCAGAGAUACUGGCGGGGACAUAACUGCAGAAAGAACUAUGGUGCUAUGAGGAUUGGGUUCCUGAGGCUCCAGGCCCUCUACCGUUCCCGCAAACUCCACACACAGUACCACAUGGCUCGCAGACGGAUCAUCGAGUUCCAGGCAAGGUGCCGGGGCUGCCUGGUGCGCAGGGCCUUCCGCCAUCGCCUUUGGGCUGUCUUCACGGUCCAGGCUUAUGCCAGGGGCAUGAUUGCACGGAGGCUGUAUAAACGCCUUAAGGGAGAAUAUCACCGCCGCCUGGAAGCAGAGAAGCUUCGUCUGGCAGAAGAGGAACGGCUCCGGAAGGAGAUGAGUGCCAAGAAAGCCAAAGAGGAAGCAGAAAAGAAGCACCAAGUACGCCUUGCCCAGCUGGCCCGGGAAGAUGCUGAGAGAGAGGUGAAGGAGAAGGAGGAAGCCCGUCGGAAGAAGGAACUCUUGGACAAAAUGGAGAAGGCCCGAAACGAGCCAGUGAACGACUCGGAUAUGGUGGACAAAAUGUUUGGAUUCCUAGGGACCACUUCGUCUCUGCCAGGCCAGGAAGGACAGGCACCCAAUGGCUUUGAGGACCUUGAGCGAGCCCAAAAGGAGCUAGAGGAAGAGGAUUUAGAUGCAGCUUUGCCCCUCCCCGAGGAAGAGGAGGAAGACCUUUCGGAGUACAAAUUUGCAAAGUUUGCAGCCACCUACUUCCAGGGCACGACGACACACACGUACAUCCGCCGGCCACUUAAGCAGCCCCUUCUGUACCACGAGGAUGAAGGAGACCAGUUGGCAGCACUCGCGGUGUGGAUCACUAUCCUUCGUUUCAUGGGAGACCUUCCUGAGCCUAAAUACCAUACGGCUAUGAGCGACGGCAGCGAGAAGAUUCCAGUGAUGACCAAAAUCUAUGAGACUCUAGGGAAAAAGACCUACAAAAAAGAGCUGCAGGCUCUGCAAGGGGAAGGAGAGAGCGCUCACAUAGAUGGCCACAAGAAGAACAGUGUGCGGCACAAACUGGUCUCCUUGACUCUAAAGAAGAAAUCCAAACUGACUGAAGAGGUGACAAAGAGACUCCAUGAUGGUGAGUCCACCCUCCAAGGCAACAGCAUGCUUGAAGACCGACCCACCUCCAACUUGGAAAAGCUGCAUUUCAUUAUUGGCAAUGGCAUCCUGAGACCAGCAUUAAGGGAUGAAAUCUAUUGUCAAAUCUGCAAACAGCUCACCCAGAACCCUUCCAAAAGCAGCCACGCCAGAGGCUGGAUCCUGAUGUCGUUGUGCGUGGGAUGCUUUGCUCCUUCCGAAAAGUUUGUGAAGUAUUUAAGGAACUUCAUCAAUGGAGGUCCUCCUGGUUACGCUCCCUAUUGUGAAGAGAGAUUGAGGAGGACAUUUGCAAAUGGGACUAGGACCCAGCCGCCCAGCUGGUUAGAAUUACAGGCGACCAAGUCCAAGAAACCUAUCAUGCUGCCUGUUACGUUUAUGGAUGGGACAACGAAGACGCUGCUAACUGACUCUGCAACGACCGCUAAAGAGCUCUGUAAUUCCUUAGCUGACAAGAUCAGCCUGAAGGACCGAUUUGGGUUUUCGCUUUACAUCGCACUGUUUGACAAGGUCUCAUCCUUGGGGAGCGGCAACGACCACGUGAUGGACGCUGUGUCUCAGUGCGAACAGUACGCCAAAGAGCAGGGAGCCCAGGAGCGCAACGCGCCGUGGCGGCUCUUCUUCAGGAAGGAGAUCUUCACCCCGUGGCACAAUCCGAGCGAAGACAACGUGGCAACAAACCUCAUUUACCAGCAGAUCGUCCGGGGGGUGAAGUUUGGGGAGUACCGAUGUGACAAGGAAGAAGACUUGGCAGAACUGGCUUCCCAGCAGUACUACGUAGACUAUGGCGCGGCGAUGGUGCUGGAACGACUCCUGAACUUAAUCCCCUCCUACAUCCCUGACAGAGAGAUCACUGCUUCGAAAACAGUGGAGAAAUGGGCUCAGCUCAUUAUAGCCGCACAUAAAAAGGGAAUUUAUACCCAGAAGAGAGCAGACCCCAAAAAAGUCAAGGAAGAAGUGGUAGAUUUUGCACGUUUCAAGUGGCCUUUGCUGUUUUCUAGAUUCUAUGAAGCCUUCAAAUUCUCAGGACCCAGCCUGCCCAAGAACGAUGUGAUUGUAGCUGUGAAUUGGACCGGAGUGUACUUUGUGGAUGAACAAGAACAAGUCCUCUUAGAACUCUCCUUCCCAGAGAUCACGGCUGUCUCAAGCAGUAGAGGGGGAAAGCUCCAAGGGCAAAGUUUCACCUUGGCCACCAUUAAAGGGGACGAGUACACCUUCACCUCCAACAAUGCAGAGGACAUCCGGGACCUUGUCGUCACCUUCCUAGAAGGACUAAGGAAAAGAUCAAAGUAUGUUGUCACUCUCCAAGACAACCCAAACCCUGCGGCCGCUUCCACUGCAGUGGGAGAAGAAUCUGGAUUCCUCAGCUUCCAUAAAGGAGACCUGAUUGUUAUGGACCAGGACACUGGAGAGCAUGUCAUGAACUCAGGCUGGGCCAAUGGGGUCAAUGAGAGGACCAAACAGAGAGGAGAUUUCCCAACGGACUGUGUUUACGUCUUGCCGACUGUCACCAUGCCGCCUCUGGAGAUUGUGGCGUUAGUCACAAUGACCCCUGACCAGAGGCAAGAUGUUAUUAAAACAUCCCAGAUGGCGAUUUCGGACAGUGAAGAAAGAGUGAAGCCGUAUACCUUGGAAGAGUUCUCCUAUGAUUAUUUUAGGCCGCCUCCGAAGCACACUCUGAGCCGGGUCAUGAUCACCAAAAAUCGAGGGAAAGACAAACUGUGGUGCUACACCCGAGAGCCCAUCAAGCAGCCCUUGCUGAAGAAGAUCCUGGGCAGUGAAGAGCUGUCCCAGGAAGCCUGCAUGGCAUUCAUUGCUGUGCUGAAGUAUAUGGGUGACUAUCCAUCCAAAAGAACCCGCUCAGUCAACGAGCUAACAGACCAAAUAUUUGAAGGUGCCUUGAAAGCUGAACCGUUGAAAGAUGAAAUCUACUGUCAGAUCCUCAAGCAGCUCACUGACAACCACAUUAAGUACAGCGAAGAGAAGGGUUGGGAGCUGCUUUGGUUGUGCACAGGCCUUUUCCCUCCCAGCAAUGUUCUCCUGCCCCAUGUCCAGAGGUUUCUCCAGUCCCGGAAGCAUCACCCCCUAGCCACAGACUGCAUACAGAGACUACAGAAAGCUCUGAGGAAUGGAUCCAGGAAGUAUCCUCCCCAUCUGGUUGAAGUGGAGGCAAUUCAACACAAAACCACCCAAAUUUUCCACAAAGUUUACUUCCCCGAUGACACUGAUGAGGCGUUUGAAGUGGAGUCCAGCACUAAAGCCAAGGAUUUCUGCCAGAACAUCUCCAGCAGACUGCUGCUGAAGUCAUCGGAGGGCUUCAGCCUCUUCGUCAAAAUCUCCGACAAGGUUAUCAGCGUCCCAGAAGGAGAUUUCUUCUUUGACUUUGUCAGACAUCUUACAGACUGGAUAAAGAAAGCAAGACCUGCAAAAGACGGUAUAGUGCCUUCUCUCACAUAUCAAGUGUUCUUCAUGAAAAAACUGUGGACAAACACCAUGCCUGGGAAGGAUUCAAUGGCAGACUCCAUCUUCCACUAUUAUCAGGAAUUACCAAAGUACCUGCGUGGCUACCACAAGUGUACCCGGGAAGAGGUCUUACAGCUGGCAGCUCUGAUCUACAGGGUGAAGUUUGAGGAUGACAAGUCCUACUUCCCCAGCAUCCCCAAGCUCCUGAAGGAGCUGGUGCCUCAGGAUCUUCUCCGGCAGCUCUCUCCGGACGACUGGAAAAGGUCCAUUGUGGCGUAUUUCAAUAAGCAUGCAGGCAAAACAAGAGAAGAAGCCAAGCUUGCCUUCCUAAAGAUUGUCUUCAAGUGGCCUACGUUUGGAUCAGCCUUCUUUGAAGUGAAGCAAACUACCGAGCCAAAUUACCCAGAGAUCCUUUUAAUUGCCAUCAACAAGCAUGGAGUCAGCCUCAUAGAUCCCAAAACCAAGGAUAUUCUCACAACUCAUCCCUUCACCAAGAUCUCCAACUGGAGCAGCGGCAACACGUACUUUCACAUAACCAUUGGCAACCUGGUGCGGGGAAGCAAACUGCUCUGUGAAACAUCGCUGGGCUACAAGAUGGAUGACCUCUUGACCUCCUACAUCAGUCAGAUGUUAACAGCCAUGAGCAAACAGAGGAGCGCAAAGGGCAGCAGCAAGUGAACUGAAAGAAGCCAUUGGCAGGUGGCCAUGGAGCUAAUUCACCAGCUGAGGCCUGUGGGAUACCCCUGCAGCUGGGGCAGAACCUUUUCUGCCCAGAUGUGGAAGAUGAUCCGGACCCCUUCAGAAAGCUCAUCCGACUCUGAUCUUGAGGGCUCGAGUCCCAUUUCCCCUUCCAGCGAGGAUGACUAUCUGUGAUGCUGACCUCCAAUUCCCCCCUCCUCCCUAGUAAGCCCUGUUUUAAACUUCUAAGCUUUCUAAGUGACAGACAGUGACUGAUCAACAGAAACGCCAGCGGAAUGUUUACUAUCAAACCAAAUGACUGAAGUUGGCAGAGGAUUGUAGGAAAAAGUUGUGAGUGUCGUUUUUAAAAAGGGGAAGGUGGUCAGGGUGCCAUUAAGGGCUUUGGAGAAGUUCUGGGCAUCUGAGAUUUGCUGAUCAGUAACCUAACCCUGCUCCAUUGUAGAGAAAAAUCCCAUCCACUCUCCUGGGGGGUAUCUUGACAUUACAACAGAACAAAAAGAAAUCCAUUUGUUCUAAAAAAAAAAAAAAAAAAAAAAAAAAGCCGAGGGAAAAAGUGCAUUUAAAAUAGUGGUUGGUUUGUUUCUUCUUAAUCCUAAUUGAACAGCCUGUACCAUGGCAAAGCAAUGACGGGAGACGGGCACACAACGAUGGACCUAUUUAAAGGUUUCAUUUCUUAUCCUUGUAUUUAUUUAUUUUUUAAAGAGAAUGACGGCUUCUGGGAGGCUGACUCUGGGGAGGGCCCCACACAGCUCCAAAGGCUUCACCCAAUAGAACCGCUCACACACCCAACACUCCAUUGUCAAAAGGAUGAGACUGCGGGUUCAUAGGUCAAACUGUUCUAAUUAGGGGUGGCCUACAGUUCAGCAUCAAAUCCCUAUUCAGCAGCAUGGAAACGAGGCUGCUAAAGACAGCUGACCCCGCCCCCUCCACCCGAGAAUGCACCUGGCAGGAUGAGGCUCUUAGCUGGAAGCCUGAAUGUGGCUUUAGGCCCUGAGAGGUGGAAAAUGUUGGCCAGGCCAUUCUGUGCUGUGUGAAACGCUGCAGUUUGAAUGUGUGCCACAGUCGCCUUUCUCUGAAAGUCCAGCCUGAUGCAGCAGGCUUUUGCCCUCUGGGCAUCAUUAAGCAUAGCUCAAAUGUAUUUGUUCCACAGCUACUUUGUAACAAUAGCAGGACAGCCAGAGGGAAAGCAGAGCCAGUGUGUAAGAAAAAUAGACCAUGGCUGCAGCCAAACCUCCCAUCAUCCUCUGCACCUCUACUGCUGUCUGCUCGGCUGUAACACGUCUGUGUUCUGUGUCAUGCUGCUGCCUGUUAUGUACCCUCUGCGUUUUCCGGUUUGCUUCAGGUGGGACGCUCUGAUGGGGGUGGGAAGCUUCCAAAUUCUGGGACCGUCUCCAAUUUCUGCACUAGGCUAACCUAAAACUUUGGCCCCGGCCAGCCCCCUCGGAACUGACCUUUGUGGCUCGGCCCCCUCUCUGAUUUUUAAAUUUAGCUCUGUCCCAUUGUGGCAAAGGAAGAUUGAAUAAUUGGACCUGGCUAUAAACAUAGGCCUAGUUCCUGAUGCAAAGUUAAUUCAGUGGGGGCUAGCAGGAGAAAGCUACUGAAAAGCAGAGACACUUGGGAGGAUGCCAGCCCCUGUGUUCAGUGCCUAGCCCCUGAGAUCACAGGCUAUGCCCACCUCAGCCUGACAGAUGAUCCCAGCAUUCGCUCUCGACUGCGUCUCUUAGCACCAUUGCGUUUCAGCUGAGAGUAAGACAGUCACCGUGUGUUUUUAGGAGGCCUUAAGCUGCUGUGUAUAUGACCACAGCUAAACCACCCAGGGUCACUGUACUGGGUUCUAGCACAUACAUAGCACCAAGGGCCAGGCCACUGCUCAACAUGGUGGCUUGGCCCAAAAUUCUGCCCUGAACUCUUGAGUCAAAGAGGGCGUCUCCUGCAUCAGUGACCGGAACAGUUAGUGGGGUAACUGAUCUUUUCUGCCUGUAGCUUCCACGGUUCAAUCGAACAGAUCAUUUGUGUGGGAGCCUUUCCAUCAACUUCAAUGGGCUUUGAUCAUGCCCUUGGUUAGCAAACCAAAUCUGCCACCUGUCAGUCAGAUCUGCCACCAGGCACGGCAUCAACAAGCCCAGGCACGCAGCUCUGAAAGGACAGUAGCCCAACCUCGGGUGUCAUGGCAUCAAACAGGAGUUGUGCGUGGCUGACUAAAGGGAGGAUGUGGCUGAUGCUGUGAAUGAAAUUUAAAGUCGUGUUGUAUGGUUGGUUCCCAGCAACCAGUGCUUGAAAGGCAUGAUCUCAAAGGAGUGUGACAGCAGCUGGGACUAUAAGACGCGGCUGAGGUUGAGUUUUGAUUCUGGUGCCACUAACACUGGGUAGAUCUCAGCAGAAAUGUGCUUAGUUGGCUCAGUACCUUUGAUUCACCUCAUACUAGCCCAGUCCAGAACAAUCGGUGUUGCAUUCUCACGCCGCUCGUCCCAACACUCAACUGUUUUCCCCUGACCUUUCCCUCUUCCCCACUGCUCUCUGCCUCACUCAGCACUCUGGAGCACGGGUAAGACAUUUGCACAGUCUUACUGUCCAUAACUGGACUUCGCAGAGGACCAGGUUCCACACACAGUGGUGCACAAAUUAACUUCAUUGUUAUCUCCUGCAUGAGCCGCCCAGGAGCAUCUGUGUAUAAAAUAGUGACAUUGGGCCCUGUCGUUCCACUGUUCCUGUGUUUGACGUGCAUGAGGGGCUACACAUAGACAUCUGAAGGCAGAGGAUGCAACUUUGGCCUGGUUCUGAACCACUUUCCACCCAUGUAAAUGAGGGACGACUCCAGUGAUGUCAAUGGCGUUGCACUGGAGUACAACCAAUAUGGGGGUCAGAACUCGGCCUGCUGGGUCACCAAAAUCAAUCUGUCGUGGCCCUUUUCAGCUACACCCCCGGUGGCAAUGGUUCGUAUUUCACCCGUGACCCUACUGCUAUCUGCUACAUUCUUGUGAGCCCACUGCUAUUUUGCCCUUCCCGUUGCCUGGCUCUGCGGGCCCCAGUAGGCCCCAGCCGUUCAUUACUCUUGCUCGGUUUGUACUCCGUAAAAGACGAUCACUGUUUUCAACGCUACCACAGUUGUGCCACCUCUACUCAGUCUAUGCGGUGUGGGUCAUGUGAGCAGCAGCCUGGCGCACACCCCAUACAUGCAGCAAUUAGCCAGAGUGUGUGUUUCAGUUUCAGAAGUCCCUUUGGGGUUUGUGUGUGUGUGUGUGUCUGUGUCCCACCCUGCGUGUAUUAGUGGCUGUUUGUUUAUGUUCACACAUGCAAUGUAACGUGAAAACUUACGUCCGUGUGAAAUACGCUAAUACAAAAAAUAAGACUAGGA